AUGGCCAAUGACCAAGAUCGGGAUUCGAUCAAGUCAAAAGCCAUGGUUUCCGUUCACUCCAGAAGUUCUGCAGAUUCGGAGAGGACACCGCUUCUCCGCAAAGAAUCAAACACCCCAGCUGCGGAGCCAAGAUGGGGCAAUUCAGUAGUGUUGAGGGUAUUGUUCACUUCAUGCCUUAUGUCACUGUCAUUUGGCGUGACGCAGGUGCCACUUAUCUAUGUCUUCGGCGUAAUGACCUGCGACGAGUAUUAUAAGACUCAUCCCGACCCCGGCCCAGUACCUGGUCGAUGUAGAAUAACGGACGUCGAAGCAAGCACAGCACGUGCUGUGGCACUUCUUGGAGCUGGAACAACAUUCUUUGGCGUAGCAAACCUGUUCUGGACUGGCUGGUGUAUCAAGCGAUUCGGUAUCAAGUCAGCACUUCUCACUUCCUGCCUCUGGCCUGCUGUGCGAUUAGCCGUCCAGAAUGUCGGGGUUCAGCUUGGAGCUGGCAUUGGCAUCAUCAUCAUCCAAUGCUCGCAAGCGAUUACAAUCUUCGGCGGGCCUGCAGGCUACCUUCUCGCGCUCAACUCGUAUGCCACCGAGAUCGUGAAGCCGGAGCAAAGGACUGCCACUCUUGGACGAUUACAAGGAGUCGCGUUCUUCGGCAACUCUCUGGGAUAUCUUGCCGGUGGCCUACUAAGUGACCUCAUCAGCACCAUUGCGCCGUUCAGAGCAACACUUGUACUGUUCUGCAUUUCUACGACCUAUGUCUUCUUGUUCCUCCCGCAAUUGCCGAACGACAUUACGCCCGAACAGUUGAAGAAGACAGCGUCUUUGGGUGCAUUCUUCGAGCCACUCAAAAUGUUUGUACCGCAGAGGUGGGCACUGAAAGACGGUCGUGUGCAAAGGGAAUAUGGGAUGCUUCUCCUUGGUGCCGGAGCCUUCUUCGCACUCCUCGCAACCGGCUACAUCCCCGUGCUGUUGCAAAUGUUCGCCACCGACGUCCUCGACUUCGGCACAACUGAGAACGGGUACCUCAUCUCCGUCAACUCCCUGGUCCGCGGCUUGUUCCUCACUUUCGCUUUUCCCGCCAUCAUCCACGGCGGCAGAAAUUGGAUGGACAACCGAGAUGGCAACCGCGCAGAAAAGCUCACCCGGAGAUCAUCGAUAAUGUCAGAACCUCCCCUCAAUCUGGAAGACUACGAACCAGGCCCAAUCGAGGGCGACGCAGACCACGAACCUCUUCACCCACCAGCCCCCAACGAAAAAGAAGAAUCCUUCCAAUUCGACCUAAUCUACACCCGCUACAGCAUCCUCGUAGACGGCAUCCUCACCGCCCUCGCAACCUUCGCAACCCAAGGCUGGCAACUCUACAUCGUAGCCAUCAUCCUCCCCCUCGCAGCCGGAACGGGAUCCGCUGCCAAGGGCACGAUCCUGCAAAUGUGCUCGCCCUCGCAACGGGCUGACGCGCUGAGUGCGAUCAGCUUAGUGGAGAUGAUGGCGCGAUUGGCGACAACGGGGUUGUUUGGGUACGUUUUCUCGGCUUCUGCGGCGAUUGGGAGGCCGAGUUUGACGUUUUUGGCGAAUGGCGGGUUGGCGGUGGGUGCGUUUGUGGUGUUGAUGGUGACGAGGUUUCCGCCGGAGGGGGCGGGGAGGGUUGUUGAAGAGGGAGAGGGAGAGGGAGAGGGAGGGGAGGAAGAGGAUGUGGGUUGA